AUGAACGACGACCGUGUCUCCUUCAUUGACCUUGCCUCCCCCACCUUCUCCCCCACCGACGCCCAGAGCCGCUACCCUUUUUCUGCCUUUUCUUCGCCCUACGAGAUCCAGCCCCACUCGCGCACCUCCCCCCAGUCCUCCCACGACGACUUCAGCGCACAUCCCUACGCGUCCAGGAAGCCCCUCCUCGCGCCCCUCUCCACCGCCGCCAAACCCCCGAUACCCACCUCCGCGAAACCCGACUUUGCCUCCAGGCGAUCCAAGUCUGCACAGCGGUCUCUGUUGGAACGGCCCAGCCCAGACACGCCCUCGCCCUCCGACUCGUCCCCGGACCAUGAGCGCGGCCUGCGCAACCGACCGUCGACGAGCAACCUCCUGCACCCGCACGAGCGCGCCGACCUCGUCCGCAAGACCCGCAAGCUCACGCAGCUGUUUGGCCAGACCCCCGGCGUCGGGCACUUCCCCGUCGAGGUCGACCUGGGACACGGCCACGCGCCGCGCACGAAUCUGGUAGGGUCGCCCCCCGCGAGCAGACGGAAGCACAAGCCCGCGGCGUCGAUGCUGGACGACCCCAUCGUGCCCGUGUACGACGCGCAGAAGCGGGUGCUGUGGCCGCCGGCGGAGGACGCGCAGUACGUGAGCAUGGGUGCGCGGCGGCGGUCUGUGCCGUUCUCGCCGCAGGACUUUUCGUCGCUGGGCCAGCUGUCGCGCGCGGACGACUGGCUGGACGCGGCGCACGUGACGGAGGGGAGGAGGGGGAGGGCGUCUGGCUCGCCCGUUUCGUUCAUCGACCUGUCAGACGAGGACGCCCCGCCUGCCCCCUUCCCAGACCCCAAAGGCCACCCUGCCCUCAGCCGCCCCGCCGACCCCCUCCUCUCCCCCUCCACCCCGUCCCUCCUCGACGACGAGCAGCAAGCAGAGGAGGACCGCCGCCGCAAGCGCGACAAGCUCGCAAAGCUCCACCGCUUCCUCGGCUCCCGCGUCCCCGCCCACCUCGUCCUCGGCCCCGUCGAAGAGGGCGUACCGCUCCCCUCUCCCGCCUCGCCCAGCCUACAGGACGACAUGCCAAACGACGACGCCGACGCCCGCAACUUCCGCCUCCGCCGCCGCCGCAGCAGCUCCGCGGCCGAGUUCGCGGGCACAUGGUCCGACGAGAUCGACCGCCUCAAGGACGACCUCAACGAGCGAGAAAAGGCGAUCAACGUCCGCCGCGCGGUCAAGAUGGAGAAGAUGUUCGGGGUGGCGCCGCCCCAGAUGCUCUAUCACACCCGUCAGGCAGCCUCCUCGCCCGGGGGCACCGGCGUCUCGCCCGCUGCUACACGGCCCAAGUACGUUUCACAGUCCAUGGCUCCCCCUGCACCAAGCGCAGGUUCGUCGAGCGGGCGGAACCUCAACCAGACGUCGUACAAGGGCAAGUCCAAGAAGGGUGGCCGGCCCGGGACUGCAGAGUCGACCCAGCCGCUGAUUGACCACUCCCGCACGGACACCAGCGAUAGCUGGGAAGAUGGGAUGCUCACGGUCAUGUCCGACGUCUACCUGCACUACCGCCACUCGCUCAACUCGCUCAACGACAUCAUUGACCGGGACGACAAGCAGUCCCUCGCGGAACUGCACGACUACCUCAGCGGGCGUGGCGAGGACACCGCUGAGCAGACCCCCACGGAGGAGAGCGUCUUCGCGCUCGCGUCCCCGGUGUCGGCCAAGGCGGAGCGCCGGCGGUCGAUGCCCACGCGCACGUCCAUGGCGUCCGUCUCGUCCGAGUGGUCGCUCCUCCCGUCGCCCUCGCCCGAGGAGAACUCGUUCCAGCAGCGCCGCCGCCGAGCAGCGAAGCUCACCCAGUUCUUUGGUGUCAAUUACCGUGACCUCAUGAACGAGAUCUUGGAGAGCAUCGAGAAGGGCUUGGAGGAGGAGCGCGGCCGCGGCACGCUGAAGCCAGACGAAGUCCAGGACCUCAUGUUAAAGCUGCGCAAGCUGAAAACGAAGCGCAACAACUGGCCGUGA